GAAUUCUUCUGGAACCUCUCUUUAGAUCAAGACUGAGUGACAACCAUCCAUGUUGCAUGAUGUUUGAAUGCUCUUAGCAAGCUACAAAAUAGAAGCCAUUCAUCUUGAGCUUCUACAAAAAAUCUGGCCCAAUCAAGACUUUUUUAACUUUCAAAGUGAUCAUCUCUCAUUCACAGAGCAGUUCUCAACAAUCAUUUUGUUUCCUGCUUCAUUUAUUCCAUCCGGUGGGAAUAAUUUUUUUUCCUCAUGAUUUAAUUCAUAAUUGCUCAUGGUCUACAAACUCUCUUGCUGUUCAUUGGGCCAAAUUCAAAUCCCCAACUGGUCAUCAAAAGCUGUCUCAAACCUCUUCCCCACUCCCGCGGCUAGGAUUAUGGGACAUGACAUGCACUUGCUAAGAGUAGCAUCAGUUCCUUUCUUUUAUCUGUCAGGCUCCGUAAUUCCUUUUAGACAUGCGUUUUCAAACAGCUCUCAUACGCUGGGCCAACAAGCAGGAUACACUAUGCAGCAUGCUCUACCCUUUGUGGCUGGUGCAUUUUUCCAGGACCAGCCCUUCUCCUCCCGGAAGACCCAGUUCGAACCGAUUCGCUUAGAGGUUGGCUGUUUCUGGUGGUUCAUGGGGUGAUAAUAGUAAUGAGAAGAUACGACAAGAUUUGCGCUACGGAAGAGUGUACCAAAUGGCUUUCUUGCGAGAUCUUUGGUCUCCACGGGAAUAUGGCGGAGCAUCAUCUUACUCCGGUGCUGGAACUGACAUUGACGAACAUCAAAGGGUGUCAAACACUAGCUGGGCUAGAUCGCUGGUUGCAGACCUGAUCCAACCCGCCGUUGGAUGAUGGAGGAGAAAGUAAAUUACAUAUUACAUUGAAAUUACCAGGCUAUCGAAAGAAGACACGGCAGGAGUUCACUAUCCUCGCCAUAUCGGUUACCAUCCAGGAUACUUGGGCGAUUAUUCGGGCAAGCGUACAACUUGCGAAAGAGUUCGUUCGACCGAGCCGGCAAAUGCGGCAUAUAUUUCUGCAUUCACAGGAGCGGAAACGUUGGUCGAUAUACCUUAUUGAAACCAACUCUGGCAUCCCUAACCUGGCAUGCCAGUGACAUCAGUGGGCUAAUUGACCGAGAUCGAAUCUUAUGGUAAAAAGGGCAUGGUUUGGGCCAAGCUUAUACAGGCAUGCGAACCUCGCAGGGAAUUAUUAUUCCGGGGCCAGGAAAAUUCUUUCUCGGUAGUUAUGGAAAACAAUCCUCUUUAGCAAUGAGAUGCAUCUUGGGCUAACAGCACGAAGGCUGUUAGUCGGGAUUAUUUGACGCUGUUAAUACCCUGUAGCUCUACCAAGAAGACCCCUCGGACUCAUGAGCCCUUGUCCCAACCGCAUCCUAGGAUAAGUUGCCAACCGCCUAAGGAAAACCCUUUGCAGAAUCCGCAAACGACGCAAAAGCGGGCCCAUCUCAUUCAAGAACCCCUUCCCGCUCAGCGUAGGAAAUCAUCCGGGAUCCAUCGCUGCAUGUCUUAUUACGUGAUGUGAUCGCGGCCGGUUUGGGAUACCUGGAUAAUCGUUUUUGUUCUCAAUCAGCUCGCCUAAUUUCAUUGUCGCCAGAGCAGACAUUUUAAGAUCGAAGUUGGACACUUGGAGAAUGAAAUGAGAAGUGAUGAAUCGGCAAAGACAAUUUCAUAAACAUAACAAAUCCUCCUACCACCUCUAUGUUUUCAAGAGCUUCCGGAGCUCCAUGCUCUUUGUUGAUAAAGUCGACGAAAAAUGACGCGCAUCUGCUCCAUUAUUUGUACCACUCUCCCCUAAUAUCACUCUCACUUCCUGUUGUCCUGCGCUCUCCACUAGUCAAAUGCGGUCUAUCCAAUGACCCUUUGUAAAUUCUCUUCGUUGGAAUCAGCAAUUCUUCAUCGCAUUGUUGCAGCUCCGGCUUGGUUGGAUGUCUCAGCUCAAAUCACCUCUGCAGUUUUCCGCUUUCAUCAGUGAACCUGGGGACAAAGGAACCAAAACAAUAGCUUAAGUUUAUGGAGAGUACGGACAACCACGCUGCCUGUUCUUUGCAGACUACAGCCCAACGACUGCGAUUGUUUGCAACUGUUGGGUUGCGCAAACUAGAAACAAAGAAGAGCGACUCUUAGAAUAAACCAAACGUCCGUUUUGCUAACAACAAAGGAUUUGACGCUCGUGAAGCGUCCCUAUUCGCCACGUUCAAGCUUAAUUUCUUACAGAAAACAAUUCGUCCAUUCGGAGUACAAGAGCUCAAGCUAUGUGCUUUCAUUCUCUCUCGUUCAUCGUGUCUUCUCCGUACCGCUUCGAUAAUAUCUUGAUAUCUAUUUUUCUUCUUCCUUCGCUAUCUUCUUUUUCACCCUUUCCUUUCCUUUCCUUUCGUUUCUUUCUACGUUUUCUUUUCUCUCGUUUAUUUUCCCUUGCUUAACGCUCAUUCAUGUCUUGGGAUCGAGUUCUUCCAAAACCCCCCGCUCUAUACUAUGAUCCCAUCGGACGUGAUUUUCCGACGCGGACCAGCACCCCAGUGGACCAUCAAAUUAUGAUAGACAAAUUCUCCAAAAUUGCGGAUGAAGAGAGUUGUCACCAAUCGGUCGGUCUGGAGAGCAGAGCCCUGGGAGCUUCUCUCUUAAGAGCCACAAUCCCAAGUCCCGAAACUUCCGUAUUGCCUGAGGUCCCACCCCUAAUAUCACCAAUUGCCCGAAAGAGACCUUGUUCCUUAAUCACAUCCGAGGCUGCAAGACAGGAGCGAUCCGCAUCUUCAAGCUCCUCAAAAUCCACAUCAUCGAAAGAAUCAUCCAGCCUGCAGUUUUGCCUCUGUCAGCCCGAUCCCAAAAUCCCUCGCCCGAGAAAUGCUUUCAUUCUUUUCCGCCAACAUUUCCAAGCCUCUGUCGUUGCCCAAAAUCCUGGCCUUGCAAACCCCGACAUAUCGAAGAUCAUAGGUGAAAAGUGGAGGACUCUUCCUGUAGAGUCGAAGCAAGAUUGGAAGAAUCUGGCUGAGGAAGAAAAAGCUCGGCAUCAGCAGCAGUACCCGGAUUAUCGAUACCAACCUCGCCGCUACGGCAGAAAUGGUAGCAAUAAUGCCGGGAAUAGCUCAGGGAUUAGCAACAACCCAACCGGUGCUUCUGUAUGCAACAGAUGUGGCGGGCGUGUCAUGAAUCCUCCAUCUACUCCGAACACACCAUUUACCUCGUCCGGCCCAAGUCCGGUAUCUUCCACCUCGUCCUCGAGUCAGCCAAUUCAGUCUGCGCAACGAAAUUUUCAGGAGCGACGGUCUAGGGAUGAUAUUGGGCUCCCAAGCCCUAUCCAAGUAACAAGAAGUAUGGAUCGCCGAGUGGCUGUCCGUAGCCAACUACGUGAAGAGCUUAUACCACUGUCACCUGACUUCAAACGACGUCGUUUCAAUGGGAAUGGUAUAUAUGUUCCCGUUGUGCGUGAUAUGAGUCCCGAGUACCCUUAUUCACCUCGAAGAACAUCCCUUCCACGGCCCGAUAGUUUGUAUCCCAGAGCUCCUUAUUCAUCAGGAGUUACUCCACCUGGUCGACCUUACCGGCAUGGUUCAACUCAGCAACCACCUCUCGACCAUAGUCUGACGUUGCCACCGCUUCAGACAAUGUCUCUUUCGCAGCAAAACCAAACCAAUGUUGAGGCCAAGGUGAUGAACAUAUCGUAUCUCAGCAAGAUCAAGGUUCUCGCACGAAUUUCUCCUCCGGUGAGGUCGUGCGUUUCCAAGGGCAGCUCGAUCAGACGGGGAGCUUUAGUGGCAGUCGAAGGACAAGCGCAAGAAUCUGUCCAGCAGAUGAUCCAGCAUCUGGAAACUACCUUAUUGAAGGAUGGCAAGAACGUUGCCCGAAUUUUUAAAGGGCCAGAAGCAACCACGCAACAAUUCAACAGUGACAAGUCAGGAGAUUCCCGGGAUCCAACAGUCCAAUAUCUCGAAACAAUAUCCGCCUGGCACACAAUAUCCAAGGAAAUUGUGUCUUUUAUCAACGGGACGCCAGAGUCUUCGUCAAUGCCGACUGGGCUGGAUGAGCCAGCCUCUGGCAUAUCCCCUCAAUCCAUCGUCCCAAAAACAGCCCAACUCCGCAUUGGCUCUCCAGAUGGAUUUUCCCCUCCCUCUGCGCCAACACCGGCGCCCACACCCACAUCCGUGUCCGUACCGGCAACCGCGAUGCCUGCAGAAUCGGAAUCACCGUUCCACAUUGCCCUUGUACCCGGCUACCAGCUAACGACGGCUGAUCUUCACGCAUGUUCCACGCCCAUCAACGACUUUUACACUCCCACCGACCAUUGGCAAUGGAUGGCCUCGCUUUGGCGCGGGUGCGCUGGUCCUGAUGUCACCGUAUUAAUACGAGACUGCGAUAAAGAAGAGCUAGACAAAAUCGGCAGCAACUCGGUUGAAAAUUUUGAGGAAGCUCGAACUCUAGUUGUACGGCGGUUAGCUAAUUCGGCGCAGGGGAUUGAAGGGAGAGUGUUGAGGGAGGUGGGAUUUGAGGUUGAGAAAUUUUUGAGGAAGUAAUGUGUUUUUUAUUUUAAUAUACUAUUUUAUUGACAACACUAGGCAUUAUUGAUUCUACCUGGGUGACUUAUUAAUCACGCAGACAGCCGAGAUCUAAUUGCCUCUUUUUCCCUGCCCAUCGGUUAUCUCGAUUUCUUUCUCCCACCCGGCGCCUUCAUUUAUCAGUGUUUCCAAAAAUCCCAAGACUGCUUUCUGCAUGCAAAUGUGCAUCGUUUUCUCCAAUGUUUUCUCAAUGGUUUUCGCUAUGCAGUAAUUACUUUUUUCUCCCCUUUGUUCCCCUGUAAACAGAACGGCAUAAUUUGCUAGGUGUGGGGGCCUGGAUUUGCAUUUUUCUUACCUCCAUCCAUCAGAUCAGUUCUCUCAUUUAUCUCCUGAGCAUUGCGACCCUUGAUGGCUAAUUCGUUAGAAUCUCUUGGUUCGACCGCUUUUCCUCAUCUCCUUUUCCUCCUUGUAUUUGUAGGCUACUAACUACUGGGGCAAAAGAGCUCAGUCACCACCAGCGCACUGCUGGUAGAAGGGCCGAUCAACCCGGGACCCCCAACAGUAUAGUAUUGUGGCCUGACUCCUGUGAUGUUCUUGUGGUUGGUGUUAUAUACUGCGUAACUCUGCAAUUAUUACUAUUAACUAGUAGUAAAAUACAGAGAAUCUAAAAGUUAAAACAAUUCCUUACACACUGUACAAAAAUCUACACGAGGUCUAGACUCUUU